GAUUCAGAGCGAAUCUCGACGACUAUUCUCUACGUGAUCCUUGAAGGGUUCAUUCUGGAUAUACCUUACUACAGCCUAGAGCUAGUAUAACCCGUGCUAGUCACGCCUCAAUCACAAACGUUGCGACAUUCCACCAUAAAACCAUUUUCCAUUACAACAAGAUGGUCUCCACCUCCGUCCUCGUCCUUUUCGUCUCCCUUCUCGCCUUCGCUUCCGCUGCACCCACUCUCAACUAUCCUAUCCAAGAUCAACUCCCCCUCGUAGCCCGGAUCGACAAGGCCUAUUCUUGGUCCAUCUACCAGGACACAUUCACGACUGCCUCGGGUGCCAUCAACUAUACCACCUCUGCCCUGCCUUCGUGGUUGUCUUUCGACCCGAUCUCGCUCGCAUUUUAUGGGUCCCCCGGGACGAAUGACAAUGGCGAGGUAGCCAUCACUGUCUCUGCGACGGAUGGGAGCGUGACGCAAGAUUCCUUCAAGAUCCUCGUCACGAGCAACGACGCUCCAGGGGUUCAUCGUGGAUUCGACUCCCAGAUCGGAAACCCUGCAUUGCACAAUUUUAACACUGCCACCGCCUUGCCUUCCAAUGAUGGAGUCCUGCUGCAUCCGUACUAUUCUUUCUCGAUGGGUUUCCAGCAGAGCACCUUCCGACCGGGUUACGACGCCGUCAACACGAACAUCUUCUACUCGGCCUAUUUGAGGGGGACGACCGAGCUCCCCUCCUGGUUAAACUUUGAUAACCAGACCGUGACCUUUUCCGGAGUAGCUCCGGAAGAGGGGACCUACGUCAUCGUCGUGACCGGAUCGGACUACUGGGGCUACGGCGCAGUGCAGAACGGGUUUACCAUCCAGGUCUCUACUGCGUUUAUCGAUGUUCCGGAGACGGCCGGCGUGGGGAACAUCACCACGGUCGCAGGGACGAAUGUGAACUACAAGUUGGAUCUCAGUGCGGUGAAUGUGAAUGGAGAGCGGGUGACUAAUGCGGGGGAUCUGGACGUCUCGGUAAAUUUGGAGGGGAUGGAGUGGUUGACAUUCGAUGCCUCAACCUUGUCUCUAAGCGGAACGACCCCGGACAAGUAUAUCAACGGGACGAUGGAUCCUCUGUAUAUCCCGGUCAUGAUCGCAGACGAAGUCAACGGGACCACUGCCAACACGACCGUCUACCUUCCCAUUUCGAUCGAGCCUUCCCUUUUCAAUGCCAUCUCGCUGCCCAAUGCUACUGCUCAGCUCGGGGACGCAUUCAGUUACGACCUGAAACCGUACAUCAGGAACGCUAGCGCUAUCAGCUCGCUCUCCCUUGCCGUGUCGCCCAGUUCCAACUACACCGAAUGGAUCAAGCUCGACGACAAAACCUUUGAGCUGUCGGGAACCCCGCCGAAUCAGAGCAGCACCAUCACGAGGAGGAGGCACGAUCACAGGAGACGAAAGUUGCUCAAACGAGCGGACGCGAGGGCGAUCGUCCAGAUCUCGGCUACGGAUGCCAGGACCAACCUGGUCUCGGUUGCCAACCUCAACCUCGAUCUCGCUGGUUUGCCUACUGCGGCCAUUCCUGCGCCUACUUCUUCGGAGAGCCCGAGCUCAUCGGCCAAGGCCAAGGGUAGCAAAGGGGGCCUGUCCACGGGCGCCAAGAUCGCCUUGGGUGUCGUCUUUGGUCUGCUCGGAGUUGCACUUCUCGCCGCCUUGAUCUUCUUUUGCUGUUGCCGUCGGCGCAAGCAAAAGUCGGAAAAGAAGACCUUGGACAAGUCGAGAAAGAGCACCGAAAGUUUCGCCGGGAUGGUCAAAUCGCCCAAGGCGGAUCGUAACCCCUUCAGCGUCGCCAACUUUGCCAUGUUUGGCGCCAACCCUAACACGACGCUGCCAAGGAGCGAGAGUGCUAGGCUGCAGAACGGCGAGGUGCCAACAUUCAACAGCAUCUAUGCUCACCGUCCGAGCGCAGAUGGACCUACCGUUCCUGUCCGUGCUGUGGUUGAUGGAGAGAACGAGAAGCCGAGGCAGAUGGACGCCAUGAGGGGGAUCUUGCAAUGGGAUGGAGCCGAAAAGAGAAAAUCGAUCGGUAGCAAUCAGUCUGUGCCCCCAUUGGAGUACCCAUCGCCAGUACCUGGCGAGAUCAUCCGCAACGAUAGCCUCCUGCCGCCUGGUGCAGCUAGCGACUUUACGCACAGCUUCGGUUCGACUUCGGAAAGCCGGGCUAGCUGGGAGAGCAGGGAAACCUUCCAAUGGUCAUCUGCAGAGGGAGCUCAUGCACCUUACAGAGAUGCGAAUGGCAGACCCCUGUCUUCCGCUCCUUCGGUUCCUCGUCCUCGCAGCGACUUCACACCGCGUUACCCACGCAAUGCCUUGGCCCCUGGCAUGAACCGUCCCCCAUCCGAUACGUUCUCUGGUCAUACCUUCAGCGAAUUCCACGAUCACCACGGGUCAGAAGACCACACUCCAGACAGCUUGACUCACACUCAUACAGGGACCGGCGAUACUUCGUUUGCCACUGGAAGCUUCUCCGAAUCGCAUACUGGCAGCGGUACGAUCAGCGGGAGCGGCUCGAGUCCGAACGGAUCGUACGAGCUCGCAACAAGGGCGCCUGCUGGUUUCACCGCUGGACCGUCGGCGCUUGGACGUAUCAUCGGUGAAUCGGGCCAUUUCGCACCGGUAGCCGAGGAGGAUGAGGGGUCGGACGAGAGCGCCGUAUUGGCCGUGGCGGAGAGGCAAUCGUUUGAUCACCAGGAAGCGCAUCGUAUCGCUCGACUGAUGCCCUCGAGGGAACGCUUCACUCAAUCUCCUACAGCGGACAUGUUGUCGGUAGCAUCUCGCACGCCAUCGCAAGAGGCGAUCGCGGAAAACUCGGACGCUUUCGACGACGCAGAUGAAGAAGGCGCGAGAGAGCGAGCCUCGACGGUAUAUGCACCCAGCGAUUUGACUGGCUUAGGAUACCCUGCAGAAGCCAUCGUCUUUGGUGACCGUAACAGCCAGGCGCUGUCGAUAGGGCAGAGGUCCGAAUCGAUGCGCUUCGUUCCGCAACCAGAGGAAUCGGUCUUGUCACCGCCUCUGCCUCAGGUUGGGAACCUCGCGCAUACCAUGUCGCCUCCAACGGACCGUCGACCGAUUUCGACAGGCAGCGCUUUGACGGACGGGCGGUAUAUCGCCCAGACAAACGAGACUUUCAACUUGCAUCCUCACAUCAACCCGCCGCCUCAGGUAUCACUGUCAGCAGCUACAUGGUCAGCACCCGCGCCUUCGACAUACAGGAUCGAAAGCGCCGACGGUAACCCGUUGCCAUCUUGGCUGCACUGGGAUGGCAAAGAGCUGGAGCUCUGGGGUAUUCCCGCGCUGGGAGACGCUGGUCAGGUUCUGAAUGUCAAAGUCAUUGAGCGGAUACCGAAGCCCAAGAGGAAGAGCUACGAUUCUUCCCAACUCAUACCGGGUGAAGCGACCGAGAGGGAGGUGGGAUCUUGCAUUAUCGAAGUAAUGGAUGCGAUGAGAAGUCCUGACGCCUUUUCGCUAGAAGGCUUCUCGGCAACGGCGGUUUGAGACGAUAGAGACGAUGGACAUUUAGCAUAAGAAUCGUAUAGAAGGGAGUGACGGCGUCUCAACGACAUCUAUUAUAUUAUCACGAGCAUAUAUAUAUGACCAGAAGAGCUUGAUGAGCGUUUGCAGCCCGGCUCGAUGGGAAGGAAGCAUAACACUGUUUUCGAGGUAUAAGAUGUGAUCAUAGCUCUGACCACUAUCCAAAUCU